AUGUCCACACGGCUGGAGGGCCACACGAACCCCCGAUCAUGCGACACCCUCUAUGGUCUGGUCCUGGGACCCCUUCGUGGCGCCAACACAGCAGACCCGAAGACCUCAAUAUGGAUGCAGGUCGCAUACGCCUCGGUGGUGGCUUAUGACACGGGGCAGCACCCCUGGUCAGGCGCGGUCCGGUCCUGCACAUAUCGGGCUCCAAGCCAAACGCGUUAUGGGAUGGAGCUGCAGGACAUUUGGAUGAACUGUCGUCCGCGAGCGGGCACUCACACUGUACCAGAGGCCACGGGAGAACGUACAUAUGCUCCUGUACAUGUCGACGAGAGGUGGAAAUGUGCUGCAGAACGGAGCUCCAGCGAUUCCCGAUCGACACCCAGCAGCGCAGAGCCACUGUCUCGCGCAAAUUCGGUGCUCGACGCAUCGUUCGCCCAUCGGUCAUCCCUGCACGCCCCUCCGCGUAACGAGCAGGGAGACAUGCCGUUCGAGGAUCUGGACGCGCUGCGACCAGGUGCUCGCAGUUUACAUUACUACGCUAAGACCCACCGCGAGGAUGGCAAAUCAGUGUCUGAAUUGUGUGAUGUAUAUCAGGACCUCUGA